AACCUGCUCUCUCGAGCACUGUGAGAUCCUCCAUCCUGCGCUAGCCUCCAAAAAAUAAGAAAGAAGAAAAUGGCAAUGGUCCUUGAUGCCUUUGUGGAAAGUUUGAUGGGCAAGCUUUUAGAAUUCAUGGCCGAAAAGAUGUCCAUGGUGCUGGGCGUGAAGGAUGAGCUCGAGAAGCUUCAGAGAAGGAUGGAGAGGAUAAGAGGCUUUCUCGAAUCCGCGGAGCGGAAGAGGUAUGCAGAUCCGAAUAUCAAUACAUGGGUGACGGAGUUGAAAGAUAUCAUGUAUGAUGCGGAGGAUAUCAUCGACCGCUGUAUGGCCAAGGGCAGAAUAUUGAGUGAAGAUCAUACGUCUAAAUCAGCGGUAUGUCAUUCCUCAUGUUUAUUUUCUUGCUUUAGCAAUAUCAAGUUCCGGCAUGAAAUUGGUAGCAAAAUUAGAAAACUUAAUGACAGGCUAAAAGAGAUGAAUGAGGAUAGAUCAAUAUUGUCUAAACUAGAUCACACUGAGAAUUAUGUUCAAGUGAGAGGAGUAAAUCCUCGCCAGACUCAUCCUAUUGAGGUGAAGUCUGAUAUUGUAGGGACACAAAUUGAAGAGGCUACCCAGAGUCUCGUGGAGUCGUUAAUUAAAGAAGAUAGUAAAAAAUACCGAAUUUUGGGGAUUGUUGGGAUGGGUGGAAUAGGCAAGACCACUCUUGCUCGUCACAUAUAUAAUAAUGAAAGGAUAAAAGAGAACUUUUCUAUACGAGUAUGGGCCUGUGUUUCUCAGAAAUUUUCAGAGACAGAAUUGCUGAAAGAGAUAAUUAGCGGUGCAGUUAAAAAGAGUGAGGAGGCUAAAACCAAAGCGGAGCUUGAGGAGGCUGAAACCAAGGCGGAGCUCGUAUCCCUUCUUUCCUCUGCACUUUCGAAAAGAUUCUUUAUUGUAUUAGAUGAUGUAUGGGGGACAGAUGUAUGGGAGGAUUUGCUUAGAUCUCCCCUUAAAAGUGCAAGAGCUAGUGGUAGGAUAGUGAUCACCACUCGAGAUACAAACGUGGCUAGAAAUAUGAGAGCAGAGAUCCACCCAGUUGAUAAAAUGGAUAAUGACAGUGGCUGGAAAUUGCUCCACAAUAAAGUCCUUGAAGAUGGUGAUGACGAUGAGGAGGAGGAGAUCUCUAGAUUAAAAGAAAUCGGGGUUCAAAUUGUUGAAAAAUGUGACGGUCUUCCUCUUGCAAUCAAGGUCAUUGCAGGGGUUUUAAAGCAGAAGGAUAGAAGUCCCAGAGAAUGGAAUAAGGUUCUCAAAAGUGAUGCUUGGUCCAUGAGCCAACUUCAUCAAGAACUCCCAGGAGCUCUAUUUUUGAGUUAUGAAAAUUUACCAUCUUAUCUUAAACAGUGUUUUCUUUAUUGCUCGUUGUUUCCUGAGGAUUAUAUCAUGGGUUGCGAUGAGCUUAUUUGUUACUGGGUGGCCGAAGGUUUUAUACAUAUGGAAGAUCGAGCACAACGAGAUAUAAUUAUGGAAGAUAUAGCAGAGGAUUUCUAUCGGGAGUUAAUUGAGAGGAACCUUUUACAGCCAUAUGAUGAUGAUUACUGGAGUAUCCUACCUGGUGAAUGGGGUGACCUACCUGGGAAUCGGUGCAAGAUGCAUGAUCUGCUACGUUCCCUUGCUCUGUUUUUGACACGUGAUGAGAGCAUUUUUCUUGAAGGCGAGCAAUCAUCUAACAUAAACCCCUUGACUAAAAUUCGUCGCUUGUCAAUGGGAGAGAGAGUAGAAGUCCCUGAUGUAAUAAAACAGCAAAAGUGCUUGAGGACUCUAAUGCUCCGAAUGAGUCCCCGGACAAAUGAACUUUUUGAGAGACUGAGGUUUCUACGAAUCAUAACAAUUAAUGACGCACAGCUUGAGAGGCUUCCAGACUCUAUAAGAGAUCUUUUGCACCUGAGACAUUUAGAUCUUGAUGAGACGGGCAUCAGUAAUUUGCCAGAGUCCAUCGGAUGCCUCGUAAACCUACAGAUAUUGAAGCUCUCAGAUUGUAGGUCCUUGCAUUCUCUCCCUAAGGCCAUCACAAAAUUGACCAAUCUAAGAUGCCUUUGUCUCGGAGGAGAAACUCAAUUGAGUCAUGUACCAAAGGGAAUAGGCAAAUUAAUACAUCUUAACCAUCUUGAAGGAUUUGUGAUCGGCAUGCAAGAUGAUGAGGGGUGCGAUCUGGAGGAGCUACAAUCUCUGUUCGAGCUGAGAUUCCUGUCGAUAAUGAACUUGGAGAGGGCACAACCAGUGAGAGCUCCGGUACUCAAAAACGCUCUCUCUCUGAGGAUACUGAUUCUGACUUCCAACCAACUUGAAGAUGCAGAAGAAGCAAUUGCAACUCGGAGAAUUGAGAAGAUUUACAAUGAGCUUUCUCCUCCAUCCACCAACCUAGAAACACUUCGGAUCAAAUCCUUCUUUGGUACGGGAUUUUCCAGCUGGAUGAUGUCACCUUCCUUGAAUGAAUCCUUUCCUACCCUGACAUCCAUACAACUCUAUCAUUGUAAAUCAUGUCCGCAGCUUCCACCACUAGGCCUGCUGCCCCAGCUGAAAUACCUUCGCAUUGAUGGAGCAUGUGCAAUCAAAACCAUCGGACCUGAAUUUCUUGACCCUCGUGCAUCAGCAGGAGCAGGGACUGCAUUUCUCAGGCUUGAAGUGCUGGAAUUUUGCUCGAUGGACAACUGGGAAGAAUGGUCGUUUGGUAUGGUGGAGGGGGUUGGUGAAGAAAGAAGAGGAGCCUCCAAGUUGCUGCCUCGUCUCAAGAGGCUGCUUCUUUGGUUCUGUUCCAAGCUGAGAGCUCUUCCAGAAGGACUACGACAUGCCACCAGUUUACAAGAAUUGGAUAUCUAUAAUGCCGACAACCUAAUAGAAAUCAACAACCUUCCCGCAUUAAAGUCUCUAAAUAUACAAUGUUGUUCGAGGUUGGAGCACGUGAAGAAUCUUGAUAAGUUGCAAUACCUAGAGGUCCGAGGCAUGGAGACAUCCGCCACCGAUGCUGAUGAAGAGACAGAGCACCUCUCACAGUGGUUACUGGAGCUACUUCAAAAUGCGCCAGCUGCUCUACAAAAUUUAAAAAAGUUUACACUAGGAUGCGGGCUACCGGUCCUCAAGACCUUCCUCAAGGACGGCCCCAACUGGCCCAUCAUUCAGCGGAUCCCCCACGUCAGUAUCGAAGCAUAUGACGAAACCUCAUAUAUUGAGUAUACCAAGGACCCUUUCGCCUUCAAAACCAACGUGGUGGAAUCAGAAGAAUCAGUGGAUGGAUAAAGCAAGCGUCCGGAAGCAUCCUCUCUUUUAUCGAGAUACCACUGCUCGUGCUUCCUCCUUGAUCGAGGACAGCGGAUCACUGGCUGCUCAGCAUUUUCCCUAUCUUUCGCUUCAUGUUUUCCUCCCCCCCGUUUCGUGGUUCUGUCGCUUGAUUUAAACCUUUCUGUUUGGUUUUAUUUUGCAUGCCUUCUGUAAUUUCUGUUUCCUGGUGUUUUUGAUACAUAUGUAAUUUCUGUUUCCUCUUGUUUUGAUGACAUGAUCAUUUGCUGGAGUGUAACUUUUAGAAUUUAUAUGAAAUCAAUCAUCAUUUCUCCCAAA